AUGGUGGCCACGACGACACUCUCCUUUUUCUUUCUCUCACUAGCGGCGACCAUCUUUCUUCUCCUCCUGCACAGUCUCAUCAAGAACAAGAAGCGCCACGGUCGCCUCCCACCGAGCCCGCCGUCCCUGCCCGUCAUCGGCCACCUGCACCUUUUGAAGAAGCCGCUCCACCGGACGCUGUCUGCUCUCGCGGCGCAGCACGGCCCGGUUCUCCUCCUCCGAUUCGGCUCCCGCCGCGUGGUCCACGUCGCCGACCCCGCCGUCGCCGAGGAGUGUUUGACCACCCACGACGUCACCUUCGCCAACCGCCCGCGACUUCCCUCCGCCCGCUACCUCUCCAACGUCUACACCACGCUGGGUUCCUCAAGCUACGGGCCCAACUGGCGCAACCUCCGCCGCAUCGCCACCAUCGACGUCUUCUCCUCGCACCGCGUCCUCCGCUCCGCGGAUGUCCGCGCCAGCGAGGUCCGUGACAUGGCGCGACGGCUCUUCAAGGCCGCCGCCGGCGCCGGCGCCGACGCCUCCAGGCCCGUGCGCUGCGACGUGAAGGCGCGCGCGUUCGAGCUGGCGCUGAACACCGUGGCGAGGGCAGUCGCUGGGAAGCGUUACUACGGCGACGGCGCGGCGGCAGCGUCGUCGGAGGCCGAGCGGUUCCGUACCAUGGUCCGCGAGUACUUCGCGAUGCACGGGGCAUCCAACCUGCAGGACUUCGUGCCGGUGCUCGCGCUGGUGGAUAUCCGCGGCGUGAACAAGCACGCGAUAACGCUGUCCAAGGCGCGGAACGAGUGGGCGCAGCGGCUUAUCGACGAGCACCGGGCGGCCGCCGCGGCGGGGAGGGAGCUGUGGAAGACGAUGGUCGGCGACUUGCAGGAAAUGCAGGCAUCAGCCAUCUGA